AUGAACGCUGACUAUUUGAACUCUUUCUGUAGUACUCAGUCCAAUGGAUGGUUUGGCAAUUGGUUGAGAUGGUGCCCGACCAGUGCUGCUAUGCUUGAAUAUGCUGAAAAUAAGAUUUUAAGAAAUGUCAAAGCGAAAUGUGAAAGAAGACUUGUGGUAAUCGGUAACGAUGAAUGCCUAUUAACCUUAAAAGUAGUGCAAAAGAGUAAAGAUAAAAACAAAACGCCAUUACUUAUGCUACAUGGAUUUGGUGGCGGUGUUGGCCUAUGGGCUCAAAAUAUCGACUACUUAUCACAGAAUCGUACAUUGUAUGCAAUUGAUUUACUUGGAUUUGGUCGUAGUUCUAGGCCAAAAUUCGAUAACGAUCCAACAUUAGUUGAGAAAAGGUUUAUCGAAUCGAUUGAAUCUUGGCGAUCUCAAGUGGGAAUCGACAAGUUUAUCUUGCUAGGCCAUAGCUUAGGUGGAUUUCUAUCGGCUUCUUAUGCAAUAAGUUACCCACAACAUGUAAAGCAUUUAAUUUUGGUCGAUCCAUGGGGCUUUCCUGAAAAGCCUGCAGAAUCGGAAUAUCAAAGACGUAUACCAAGAUGGAUUAAGUUUGUUUCCAUGUUGAUGGAUCCGUAUAACCCGUUAGCCCUAGUACGUGUCUCUGGCCCUUGGGGACCUCAGCUUGUAAAAAGAUUUAGGCCUGAUUUUCAGCGAAAAUUUAGUAACAUAUUUGGUGGGGAAGAUGAUACUGUCCUAGAUUACAUUUAUCACUGUAAUGCACAAGAACCAAGUGGUGAAUCCGCUUUUAAGUCGAUGACUGCAGCCUUUGGUUGGUCUAAAGAUCCGAUGAUUAAGAGAGUGGAUCAGAUAAGAGAUGACGUUCCAAUUACUAUGAUGUAUGGCGCUCGUUCAUGGAUUGAUUAUGAAACUGGUUAUGUAGUUCAGAAAAUAAGAUCAAAAUCUUUUGUCGAUGUAGCCCUUAUACCUGGUGCAGGUCAUCACGUCUACGCCGAUAGGCCUGAUCUUUUUAAUGAAGCUGUCUUUCAAUGCUGCAAUUCGGCCGAUUAAAAGUGUUUUUGGUAUUAUUUAUGCCCAAACUUGAAAUACUUGAUGGAAGUGGUCGUAAAACCACAUGGCCAUUUUGACAUACAAUAAUUUAUGCAAAGCUUCUUAUAUGCUGUUAGUUUUACGCGAAUGGAAACCUUGUCAAGUAUUAUGAUUUGCUGAGGAAUGCAAAUUUAUCACUUUAUGUAUAGCGCCGUAAUAGGUGCCCAUACUAUCUAUGAUGGUGGGAUAACAUCUAUACUCUAGUCAUUUAAUGAAUACUUAGCACAAGCUACUGUACAGUCAAUAUGAGUAUAAUAUCUUAAGAUGGAAUGCAUAUUGACAUAGGUCGUGUGCCUAUCUUGU